GUUUGGGGCACAAGUAGGAAGCUCCGCGCGCGGCUCGCACGCCGGGACCGCCCGCCCCGGAGGAGGCUCCUGCUGCGCUCCGCGUCAGCCCGGCUAGUCCUCCAGUCCCGGCCCGGCCCGGUACCAGGGCCACCGGCUGUCACCUAGUGACUCCACAAUGAGUGUUCCUGAUUACAUGCAGUGUGCUGAGGACCACCAAACUCUGCUGGUUGUUGUACAGCCAGUAGGGAUUGUCUCAGAGGAAAAUUUCUUCCGGAUCUACAAAAGAAUUUCAUCUGUGAGCCAGAUAAAUGUGCGAGAUUCACAACGAGUAUUGUACAUCCGAUACAGGCAUCAUUACCCACCUGAGAACAACGAAUGGGGAGAUUUCCAAACCCACCGAAAAGUCGUAGGCCUCAUCACAGUAACAGACUGCUUUUCUGCGAAAGAUUGGCCACAAACCUUUGAGAAGUUCCAUGUCCAGAAGGAAAUUUAUGGUUCUACACUCUAUGAUUCCCGGUUGUUUGUUUUUGGGCUGCAGGGUGAGAUUGCAGAGCAGCCUCGAACAGAUGUGGCGUUUUAUCCCAGUUAUGAUGAGUGUGAGUCAGUGGAGAAGAGAAUUGAGGAUUUCAUUGAAUCUCUUUUUAUUGUGCUGGAGUCCAAACGCCUAGAUAGAGCCACUGACAAGUCUGGAGAUAAGACUCCUCUCCUGUGUGUACCGUUUGAAAAGAAGGACUUUGUAGGACUGGACACAGAUAGCAGACAUUAUAAGAAGCGGUGUCAAGGGCGGAUGAGGAAACAUGUCGGUGACUUAUGCCUUCAGGCAGGAAUGCUACAGGAUUCCUUGGUUCAUUACCACAUGUCUGUGGAGCUUCUGCGGUCUGUGAAUGACUUUUUAUGGCUUGGAGCUGCCCUUGAAGGCUUGUGCUCUGCAUCUGUUAUCUAUCACUAUCCUGGUGGCACAGGGGGCAAAGCCGGAGCCCGACGGCUGCAAGGUAGCUCACUUCCUGCUGAUACAGGCAACCGGCACCGACCAGGGGCACAAGAAGUUCUCAUUGAUCCAGGUGCUCUUACCACUAAUGGCAUAAAUGCAGACACCAGUACAGAAAUAGGACGUGCCAAGAACUGUCUUAGCCCUGAAGACAUCAUUGAUAAAUAUAAAGAAGCAAUUUCUUAUUAUAGCAAGUAUAAGAAUGCUGGUGUCAUUGAGUUGGAAGCUUGUGUCAAAGCAGUGAGAGUCCUGGCAAUUCAGAAGAGGAGCAUGGAAGCAUCUGAAUUUCUCCAGAACGCUGUUUAUAUCAACCUUCGCCAGCUUUCAGAAGAAGAGAAAAUCCAGCGUUACAGCAUUCUUUCUGAGCUCUAUGAACUAAUUGGUUUCCAUCGCAAAUCUGCUUUCUUCAAGAGGGUAGCUGCAAUGCAGUGUGUAGCCCCCAGUAUUGCUGAGCCUGGAUGGAGGGCUUGCUAUAAACUGCUCUUGGAGACUCUUCCUGGUUAUAGUUUGUCAUUGGAUCCUAAGGACUUCAACAAAGGAACUCACCGAGGAUGGGCAGCAGUGCAGAUGCGCUUGCUUCAUGAAUUAGUGUAUGCCUCCAGAAGAAUGGGGAAUCCUGCACUCUCAGUCAGACAUUUGUCCUUCCUCUUACAGACCAUGCUGGAUUUUUUGUCUGAUCAGGAGAAAAAGGACGUGACACAGAGCUUAGAAAGCUACACUUCAAAAUGCCCAGGAACAAUGGAGCUUCUCUCUCUCCCAGAUGGAUUAAACUUGCCUCCUGUCCCAUUUACAAAACUUCCCAUUGUAAGGCGUGUGAAACUCUUGAACCUCCCAGCCAGCCUUCGGCCCCAGAAAAUGAAAAGCUUACUGGGUCAAAACAUGUCCACCAAGAGCCCCUUCAUUUACUCUCCAAUUAUUGCACAUAACCGUGGAGAAGAACGAAGCAAGAAAAUAGAUUUCCAGUGGGUUCAAGGAGAUGUUUGUGAAGUCCAACUGAUGGUGUAUAAUCCAAUGCCAUUUGAACUUCGUGUGGAAAAUAUGGGUCUCCUCACAAGUGGAGUGGAAUUCGAAUCUCUUCCUGCAGCUCUUUCUCUCCCUGCUGAAUCUGGACUUUAUCCAGUGACACUGGUUGGUGUCCCUCGGAGUACAGGGCAGAUUACCAUUAAUGGUUAUCAUACUACUGUUUUUGGGGUGUUUAGUGACUGUUUGCUGGAUAGCCUACCAGUAAAGACCAAUGGCUCUACAGUAGAAGUUAUUCCUGCUUUGCCGAGAUUACAGAUAAGCACUUCAUUACCAGGUCCAGCCCGACAACUUUAGCAGCCUGCCUCUGGAGAUGAAAUUUCCACUAAUGUGUCUGUCCAGCUUUAUAAUGGAGAAACCCAGCAACUUGACAUCAAAUUGGAAAACAUUGGAACUGAACCUUUGGAAAAACUAGAAGUCACAUCAAAAAUUCUCACCACCAAAGAAAAGCUGUAUGGUGACUUUUUGAGUUGGAAACUUGAAGAAACACUUGCUCAGUUUCCCUUACAACCAGGAAAGACAGCAACGUUCACUGUAAAUAUCAAAGUGAAAUUGGAUUUCUCCUGUCAGGAGAAUCUCCUGCAAGAUCUCAAUGAUGAUGGAAUCAGCGUUAGUGGUCUUCCUCUUUCCAGUCCUUUUCGACAGGUUGUCAAGCCUCGAGUUGACAGCAAACCAGUGAAUGCUUCAGAAGGCAGCAAGGCUGGUGAUUUCAGCCAUGUAAAAACACUAGAAGCCAUCCUGAAUUUUAAGUACUCAGGCGGUCCAGGCCAUGUUGAUGGCUAUUACAGGAACCUCUCCUUAGGAAUUCACGUGGAAGCUGAGCCAUCCGUGUUUUUCACUCGAGUCAGUACACUGCCUGCAACAAGUACCCGUCAAUGCCAUCUACUUCUGGAUGUAUUCAACUCUACAGAGCAUGAGCUAACCAUCAGUGCUAAAAACAAUGAAGAGCUUAUUCUACAUGCUGGGGAAUGUCAAAGAAUGGCGAUUCAAGUAGACAAGUUCAACUUUGAGAGUUUCCCAGAGUCUCCCAUGGAAAGGACUCAAUUUACAAACUCCAAACAGCUCGAAGAGGAAAGGCAGGAAGCCCGGGGUCUGGAGAUCAACAGCAAGUUAGACAUCCACUGGAAUAUCCCAUCUUUGAAGCGACAUGGAGAAGCAAGUGUUGAGGGGAUCCUCAACCAACUGGUCCUGGAGCAUCUGCAGUUGGCUCCCUUGCAAUGGGAUGUGCUGGUGGAUGGACAGCUGUGUGACUGUGAUGUCGUGGCAGAUUGCCGAGUUGGUGACCCCAUUCCACUUGAAGUGCGGCUAACCAACUGGAGCAAGCGAAAUGUGGGACCCUUUGCCCUCACGGUGAUCCCCUACCAAGACUACCAGAAUGGUGUGCACAACUAUGAACUUCAGGAUGCCAUCACCUUCGUAGGCUCCAACACCUUUUACAUUGACUCGGUUCGGCCAAAAGAGAACUCUGUUUGCCUGGGUGCCCUCCUCUUUCUCUACACCGGUGACUUCUACCUAAAUAUCAAGUUCCACGAAGACACCACCAGUAAGGAGCUGCCACUGUCCUGGUUCUGCCUGCCCAGCGUCCACAUCCGAGCCCAAGGGCCUGACCUCCAGGCUUGAAGACCAAGAUCAUAUGGAAACUGCCCAAUCUACCUGCUAUGUGAACCCCACAUUGACAUUUGAACCCCCAUUUCUUCCCAAGGUUAAGCACCCAACAUCCUUAGAAGGGCAGUAAGAGAAGUCCAACCUUGAGUCUGCUGCACCAGUGACCCCACCCAAACUCCACAGACUCUGAAGGGUGUACACGCCAUGGGUCCUCUUUCCCUAACACGCACACAGACAUUCUCUGAAAGCCAGGAUGAGGGGACAGAAGGUAAAUUAGACUUCCAGCCCCACUUUUGUCCUUGUCCUCUCACCCCUGGCUUUCUCAAUCUUUACCCAAAGUGAGAGAAUCAGGUUAUAUCUAGUUCCUCCAUCUUUCAUGUCCUUAACCUAAUCCUGAGUUAUGCUGGUGAGAGGAGUGCUUUUCUAGCUCAUAGCAUGAGGGAUUCACUGGUGCGUUCACCACAACCCUGAGAUGGGAAAACUAAGACUCAGCCUUGCAAACCCAGGGCUGCCUUCCUGAGCUUUUUACACAAGAGCUGGGGGAUCACUUAGAGGCUACCAUGGGCCAGGUAAUUGGCCAACUCAAACACAGCUUUAGCCAUAGAGUCUUAGUGUUUCCAUACCCCCUAGUCACCCAUUCAUUCUAGCUUAGUUCUAGGCAAGAACUCCCAUCCCAAUUGACAAGGAGCCCUUUGAGCUGCAGAGGCCAGAGAAAAGUCAGGGUGGGGAUGGGCAUGGAGUCAUUUCUAAAGGCAGUUUCUGUAGGGAUUACAUCUAAAGGAAGAGCAGCUUCUCCCCAGAGAAAGGAAACAAGCUAAACACUCCUCAUUUCUCCCUGGAAAGUUCAAGGCUUCCUUUGAUAAUUUCAGACUUCUUCCAGAUUGACAGUCAUCUUGGGAGUCCCUUAUGCCAUUUAAUGGGGAGAGAAUGGUUAUCAUCAAUAAUAACACAGUUUUCCCUCCACCACAAAGGCCCAUCUCUGGGCCUUCUCUCCCUGAUAAAAUGUAGGGAAUUAUGCCCCUAGUUUCUGGGUGCCCAGGUGGGGCAGGAGCACACAGGGCUGUGGAUAGAGGUCCUAUUGUCCUUAACUAGAUUUUACACCAUUACUACACCUUGUUUAUUUAUGUGAGAAAAAGAAAAUACCAUUUUAUUUGAAUCAAGCUGCAUAACUCCUAACUCUAUUGAAUCAUCUGAACAUAACAUAGCUUUAGCAACCCUAUGUCUACCUGCUUCCUUCAGAAUUGGGCUAGUGAAUCCUUCUAGAGUCCUCGCAAUAUUCAUUCUCUCCAGUUGUUUAUGUUUUCCUUUUAUUUUUUUCUGUAAAAAUACAUGGUGGUCUGGGAGGAGGAAGUGGGAGGUUUGAUUUACUGUAGUCAGAUUUGUCUUUAACAGAAUAAUACAGUGUUCUCAAUGGUGGUGGUGGGGAGCACAUAAUCCAGUUUUACCAUAUGGAAUGGUGAAGAAGAUGUUGUGCUUCCCUUAGCAGGACUCUCAAGGUCUCCAGUUUAAAGAAACAAAAAAAUCCUUUGGAGUGUUAGUCAUCUGGGCAAGGAUCUCAUGGUACCAGAAGGGACUUAUUCUCUGGGAAUCUGGGUGGAAGAUCUCUGAACAAAAGCAGAACUCCAUCCCAGCUCCCUCCUUAGCCAACCCUCAGAGCUAAGGAAGGAAGAGAAAAGUCUCCUAUCCCACCCCCUUGGGUCCCUGUCCUUUUCACCUUCCUCAGCCUCACCCAGCCACAUUCCUGUACUAGUAGUUAGCAAAAUUUCAAACGAGACCAUCUAGUGAAUUUGAAAAAUCUCGAGCCUGCUUUCUUGCUCCCCAGUCCACCAUACAUUUGCUCUCCGCACCUUUACCAGAAGCAGAAGCUGGCAGUUAGUGUAGGGGAAGUGGGAGUCUCACCUAUACACCUGAUCCUACCCAGCCCGCUUUCCAUUCAUGACCAUCCGUUCUCCCCAAGCAAAGCACUGCUGUGGGUUUGAGUUGUCUGAGUUACUGCCAUUCCGUAAUUUCCUGGUCUCUCCACAAUGGGUGAGAGCAUCGCUGUCUGCUGGUGCCACCCACUAGGCUUUUGGCUGCUUUUCCCCACCCUGCCCAGAGAGAUGUGGCUCUGUCCUUCUUCUGUGGCAGAGAGGAUCUUUGAAUGGUUCUUCAGGGAGAACCGGAGCCCAUGCAUGCAAUGUGUUAAGGAGUCCUUGGCCAAGGGAGGACACAGCAGGGAGGUGAAGCUAAAGAUUAUGAUUAUCCUGGGCUCUUGGCCCUCUCUGGAAACAAAAGGUAAUUGUCCUGCUUGCUCUAACACUCAAAACAUCUCCUCUCAAUAAAUAUGGAUCCCAUCUAAGUUCAAUUGUCCAAAUAAAAAUCUUGCCUUGCUACAAAAACA